AUGGCCCCUCCGAGAUGGACAAGUGCUGAACAGCUUAUGCGGCUGCAAAAUGAGGUUCCAACAUACCUACAGAUGCAAAAAGAGAAAAAGUUGGUCCAGUUUUUUGAGCUGCUAUACCCCAAGUGGUUCAGUGAGUUCCCAGAACAUAUGAGAGUUUGGCCCAUAGGAUCAGAAAACUCACCUGACAACAACAACGCCAACAUCGACCAAUCUAGUCUUGACUCAGAUGCGGCCAUCAAUGAAAUCAUUGCCGAGCUGGACCAUGAAAAUGCUAUAAUUCCUAUCAGCGAUGUUGAAAAACAGAGUAACUUGGAUGUAGAACUUGCCAAGGUACUCAAGGACACCAUAAAACAUCAAUGUAAAAAAUUGCAGGAGUGGUUUCAAAACAACACCAAAGGAAAGACUAGACCAGGCGGUACUUUGACGAGCAAAGUCCUAUCUACAUUGCUUGGACAGCGUGCACGAGGCACUCGAGACCUGAAAGAAGUCAAGGUGUACUCACAACUUCACUAUGAAUCAAAAGUCAAGCCCUUGGUUUCAGACAACAUCAGGGAAAACAAGCUUGCAUUACCUGACCAGAGGCUUUGUGCUGUCCGGCACCACACAAGUGAAUGUUUUGCAAAGGAGUCAGAAGAUGUGAAGGAUGGGGUUUGCAUUGAGACUCAACAUAUUAACAUUGCCAGAAAGUUAGGUUCUGUCGCAGCGGGGAAUAAUCGGACAAAAGAGGAGAUUUACUGCGCAAUUCAAGAGCUGCCAAUUGUCCUUGGUCAGAUAUUCAAGGAACUCUCAACUUUGACUGGCGGAUGGCAUUACUCACUCGUCAUGGGUGGACCAGAUCCUUUGUGUGAAGUCAUAUGGUUGAUCUUAUUUGCACAACUCGUCAGUUAUCACCAUGGCAAAACCCCAGAUGGUCUGAGCUUCAAGGCGUCAAUGCCUAACUUCCAUGAACAGUAUUUAUUACCAUUUGAAAGACAUCUGGAUCACAUCUAUGGUGGGUCUUCAAAGGGAACUUCAGUUCCCACAUCUAUACCCAGUACACCUCUGUCAACCACUGACCUCAUUUCAACAUCUGGACGCAGUUCUCCUCCUUUAUUUGCCACAGACCUCAUCUCGCUAGAUGAUUUGUUAGAUCAGCAGCAUGUGUCCAAUGUCAGCCUGCCACUACCUCAGAGGCCUGCACAUUUUGAGGACAUCGACUUCAACAUCACGCCACAAUUGAAUGAAUGGCAAGGUCGCCUGCAUCCCGACCUGUAUUCUUAUGAUCCAGCAGCUCCAAUGCACCCAGACUCACCGAUCACUGCCUGGUGA